AUGGACCAACCCCAGAACGCGGCGGCGGGUACAGAGACACGUACCUCGCCUGCACCAAAAAAGAAACCAGGCACGGGCGGGUCUAUCGCUGAUGGCGACCCCUCACCCUCCCUUGCUUUCUCCAUUGAGGAUGACACAGAUGUCCUUGAAAAUGAACUCGAAGAGUUCUAUGCCUACGUAGAGGCGCCUUCUAUCAUUGAGAAUCGUGUGCAUUGGGAACAAUGGGCGCAAUCCAAAUGGUCGUCGCUGGGCAUGGAUUCCAAUAUAGGCGCUUGGGUUUCAUUGGACUCCAGAGCGCGACGACACAUCUUACAGCGGCUCCUGUCGUCUCUGGAUCUGGAAGAUCGAGAUGCACGAAUUUCCGCGUCGCUAGCGCUGUUAUACCACUUGCAAGGCUCGUUUGGCGAGACACAGAGCGAGGCAGACCAGGUUCAUUGGAUUCGCGAGAACACGAAAAUGGUGCUUGACCUGCAAGGUCUCGAGGACAUCUAUGUGGCCUUUAAACGUGCCUGCUGGCGUCACGACUGGCUAAGUGGUCUCCCAGACUCCAUCCCGGCGCAGUCGAGUGAUCACGGCGAUACCUUUGUGAUGACAGCCCAGGACAAGGCAGAGUACUUGGAUGAAAUCAAUAUGGAAGUAACGAUGCACCUAUCUCAGCUGUACAUGAUCACAGAAAUGCACCGUGGUGACGUGGACCUUGCUGAUACACUCAUGACACUGGACCCGCCCAUGCCGAUCUAUCUGUUUGAGUUGGUGGCCAAUCUACGAGAAAAGAGUAUCAAGGGGUUUCCCGUCAAAAAAUUGGUCCUGCUCUUGUGGAAAGCUCUGCUGGCCGUCCUGGGCGGCACCGAAGACAUUGCACGGUGCAAGGCGCUCGUCCGUCGCCGUGAAGGUCUCGCGCCGCGCUCAGCUUUAUCCCGCCAAAGUGUCGUGACGCCCAACGAUGUACUUCAGUUCCGACAGGAAUGGAUGGCAAAGUAUCCCGCGUUGAUCGAUGCUGAAGACCAGCAGGAACUUGUGCCGGGGGAGCGCCUAGCAUCGACUACACAGCCACUACCUGUGAAUGGCAAAGACGCGUCGUCGUCUCACCUUCUUCCCUCCAUGCUGGAUGAAGAGCGUCUGGCGGCGGCCAAAGCGGCAGCAGCUCCGCCACUCAAAGUCGGCCGUCAAAAGUUCCAGACCGACCAAAGCCGGCCUUAUGUACUGCCUUUUGCGUCGGGUGUGUCGCGUGGCUCAGCCAUGCCGCUAAGUAUGCAAGAAGCCAUCUCGCUGUACCAGUCCCACAUGUACGUCGAUACUGGAUUGUGGCAGAUGUGGUGUGUACGCCAAGAGCUUAUGGACGAUCUGUAUGGAACACAUGACCCUACAGCACCUACGUUGCAAUCUGAACUCGCUGCCAUGACAUUGAGCGAUUCUACGGAGCGAACGCCAGCGCCACAGAGGGAAGAUAUGGAGGAUGAGCAGCGAUUGAAACGCAUCGAACUGUUGUACCGAUCCACUCUCCCAUCCUUGCAAAGUGCGGUCAUUGUGCUGUUGAAGCUCAUGCUGGCAACGACCACGUCGAGCGGUACGUCCAGUGCGUUCAUGCGGGCUACGGCCGAUGGUGCCUUACCAGAGCAAGCGCCUUCGCCUACGUUGGAGGAUGUCGACGUGGUACGCCAUCGCGAAAUUAUGAACAAGGGUAUCAGUGCGGUGCUUCUCCUGUGUCUGCGUUGGUUCCGAGUGAACCACAUGCUGCAGUUUGAGUACCUCUCUCAGAUUCUCUUGGACUCCAAUGUCCUCCUUCUCAUCCUCAAACUCUUUGGCUUGCACGAAGUCGGUCAUUCCAUCCGAUCACGCUGUGAAGCGUAUCCGUUCGGUCUGUUUGAAUAUUGCCGCUUAGUAGGCCAUUCUGGCUCGCAGGAAACGCCCCAAAGUGUGCUGGAUCGCACACAUUUGCGUAUCGGUGAUGUCUGGCCGGAGUAUCCCGACGAUCCUGCGCGGCUACGCCACGUACCGGCCAACGCGCCUUUAUCGCAGGCGUUCUCAUGGCGCAAUAUGGCCUCGGCUUGGUGCCUUACCCGCAUCCUAUACCUUGUAUGCCGGCACAAAGUGCAUCGCAUUCUCUUGCUAGUCCAAUACAAGAGCUCUGCCAUCUUAAAACGCACUCUUAAAGUCCCACAGCCUGACUUGGAACUGUACGUUCUCAAGCUCCUAAAAAUCCAAAUACCCUACUGUGGCCGCAAAUGGCGUCAGUCCAACAUGCGGAUCAUCACACAGAUUUACCUGCGCUGCCGUCCGUCGCUCCGUGAUGACUGGCCAGGCGGCGGCGAUGUGGAGUCGGAGGUUGAGACUUCCUUGGCGGACGAGCAGACACUUCGUACGUUGAUCCAAUAUUACAACCAGACGCGCUACCAUUUCCAGCCGCCCGUCUUGCAGCAGCAAACACUCUCAGCAGCGGACGACACGGAUGGGGCCAAGCAUGGGUCUGGCGCGCAUGCGCCCCACCAGCCUACGGCACCCUCCCAUGCGGAGGCUGAUCGAGAUGCAUUUGAGCGCGAGGCGUUCCCUGCUCGGCGUACGUCCAGCGUGGCCAGCACGCCAGGCCGCUACAUUGCCAGCGUCCCGACGGAUGGGUACCUGGAUGCGUACGAAGAUAUGCUCCAGGAGCUGUUUGCCAAUGUCCCGUUGGAGUCACUGACAGCCCCUACACCCACCCACCCUGAUGCCACAUCGAUGCUGCCUACCUCUUCGUCCACAGCGGCUUCUACCUCGUCGUCGUCCACGACUGACGCUGGCCAAAACGACUGGGAGCAUCUCAGUCCCCGCGAAAUGACCUACUUAUCACGCUCGCCCCGCCUCGCCCCGUCGGUACCGUCGCCUACACGUUCGCCUUCCCCGGCGCCGUCCGCGCGGCGUAGGUCGUCCACGGUAGCUGCGCCACCGACGUCGGAGACCUCGGCCUCCACAAAAACACGCCGUCACAUGCGGAAUGUCUCCUUCUCGCUGCUUUCCACGUCGUCGCCGGCCCUUGCGUACCAUCGCCGUGUGAAUUCCAGUCCAGGCAUGCAACGUCCACCCCUUCACUGGAGUAUGAAGGACCUCGUUGAAGAUGCGAUUUCCAGUGAGCAAGGCGACAACGUCCCUGCACCUGAACCAGACAUUCUCAUCCCCGACGUGCCUCUGCCGUCGCCCAAGCCUGGCGGCAUCGACGAAGUCGAGCACAUUUUUGGCGCCUAA